GAGAUCGGGGAAGACGAGCUCAAAAAGCUUGAAUAUUUGUCUUUGGUGUCUAAAGUUUGUACCGAGCUUGACAACCAUUUAGGAAUCAACGAUAAGGACCUUGCUGAGUUUGUUAUCAGUCUUGCUCAGAAAAACCCAAGCAUUGAUGAAUUUAAGACAGUGCUGGCUAAAAAUGGAGCCGAUUUCACAGAUUCACUCGUCAGCAAUUUGCUUCGUCUCAUUCAAACCAUGCGUCCUCCUGCAAAAGCAUCUUCUAGUAAAGCCUCUCAUGCUGUGGCUAAGUCGAAGAGUGAAAAGGACAAGCUGAAAGAGCUGUUUCCAGCUCUGUGCAGACCUGACAAUCCCAAUACUAGGUCUAUGCUGGAUGAGAAUGAUGUGAAAGUUGCUGCUGAUGCCAUGAAAGAGUUGGAGUUGUUUAUGCCCAGUGUUAGUGGUACAGAACCUAGCAGCAGUAAACACAGGUCUGAAACCAGCAGCGGCAGUAAGAAGAAGCGGAGGAGCAGAAGUCGCAGUCGGAGCAGAGACGGGGAUAGAGACAGGCGGAGACGCCAUCGCUCUCGCACCCGUUCCAGAUCUCGCUCUAAUGAGAGAGACAGAAGGAAGCGCAGGAGCCGCUGGCACUCUCGCAGCAGGUCGAGGAGUCCUGCACGGGGAGACAGAGACAAAGGCUCAGACCGCUGGAAGGACAAACAUGUGGACCGCCCCCCUCCAGAGGAGCCAUCUGUGGGCGAUAUCUACAAUGGCAAAGUCACCAGUAUUAUGCAGUUUGGCUGCUUUGUGCAGCUGGAAGGACUCAGGAAACGCUGGGAAGGCUUGGUCCAUAUUUCUGAGCUCAGGAGAGAAGGUCGGGUAGCAAAUGUGGCAGAUGUGGUCAGCAAAGGUCAAAGGGUCAAAGUCAAGGUGUUGUCCUUCACUGGAUCCAAAACAAGUCUCAGUAUGAAG